GAGUGGGUGAGAGUGACAUAAAUAUUUUGAUUGCCGAGUCGACUGAUUUCUCUUUUUUUGCAUUUUCAGCAAAGCUAUUUAUUAUAUUUUUUCAUAAGUAAAUUAUUAUCCCUGUGACGAUAUCGAAUAUAUCGGACACAAACUAAAUUGAUUCAUGCGCGUAUAGAAUUGUUCAAUAAUCAUAACCCAAAAUUCUAGUCGUGUUCUCCUGAAACUUUUGAUUUUAAUUAAUUUCACGACGUGUACAAAGUUAAUUACAAAGGUUAAUGAGUUGCGUUAGAGCAACUACGAAUAGCUGUUAAAAUCGAUCGAUUGUCAACGGAAGUUAACGAAUUACAGCAAUGGAUCUAAACAGUAUAUUGUCACCAAGAGCAAUGGUAGGCGCCGCUAUUGUGGGCAUCGUUGGGGCCGCCGGUGUGUUCAUAUACGAGCAAGUGUAUGCGGAAAGAAGGAGAGCUAUGUUAAUUACUGAAGUUGCUCGUCUUGACAGGCAGGUUGCCACCAUGAGGUCAGAGCUUGAGACCCUGAGGGAGCUACAGAAAGAGAGCCAACUUCGCCGGCUUAAGCACAAGAAGUCGGCGCACAGGCGUGAGAAGAAAAGUAAGCCUCCAGUCGCGGGCGGCGACGCAGUAGAUGCGCCUGAGCAGAGCUACGCGUCCGACUCGGAGUACUUCACAGACUACCAAUCCGUCUUAGGAACGGACGGGGAGCUGGACAGCGAGGAGUUCUACGACGUGCACACGGAUGAAGAAGACGACACGUUACGGGAGACGCUGCACAAUGGACACGUGACCAAUGCGCUAGACGACGACACGGCAUCGUUACCCAAGUCACCGAGGAAAAACGGGCCGGCCCAAUGAGCGUGCACAUUAUUAUAAUUCUGGUUUAAUCGGGAAUAGAUCUUGUAUACCACCGUAGCAGUAUCUAGUUGUAGUAAUGUCAAAUAUGGUGCCCCUAGUAAACUUUAACGCUCCAAAUAAGUGCGAGCGAGAUAGAUAUAUUGCUCACUGCUAUAGUGAAUGGGAAAUUAAAUAUAUAAAAUGUUUUGUACAGUUAAAACACACGCAAGUUUAAAACUUUGAUUUUGAUGGGCAAAGUCUUGAAACAAUUAUAUUGUCGAACGACAUUACGAUCAAAUAUAUUGUCCAAUAUGAAUGAACAAAUUUAGAUAUCUGACCCGGUGAAAAACUCGCUGCUACUGUAUAAGUUUGACGAGAAAAUUAACCUUUUAUAUUCGGUCAAGUAUCCUUAUAAUUUAUUCAUAUUGCGUAAUAUACAGUCUGUAUAUAAAAAGUAGAAAACUAUUUUCAACGAACUAAUUUUUUGCCAUUGUAGUACCAAAUACCACAUAGAAUUGUCAAGACUGGUUGAUGAACGCCCAGUGUUGCCAACCAACAGAACACAGCGCUCAUUUAUUUUCUACUUUUUAUAGAAAGACUAGUCAGUCUUUCUAUCAGUAGGUAAGCUUGUAAACGUGGUCACUUUUUACAAGCUGCCUAAAUUCAAAUGUUACGCCCUACUACCGAAAACGCAUAAAAACUAAAUUUAAAUAUACGGUAGUUGCGCCAGUCAUUUCAACUUUGGAUAGCUAUAUAAAUUGUGACAUCUCAAUGGAAUGAAGUGAAACAUCAAAGUUAAUUUAACUGUACUCAUUUUAAAAUAACAAUUUACCUACCAAUGUUGUUUACAUAUACAUUAUGGGAUAUACAUUUAAAAUAUGUGCACUUAUAUAACUGAUAGCAAUGAUAUUAAUAAAAAUGAAUCCAUUUCUACGGUGACCGUGUUUGAAAUGUUGACAUGUCACUGUCAAACUUUUUGACAUAAAUUUUAUAUUUAGCCCAAUACAGUCGUGGUACAUGGUCAUGGAUUUAAUAAGUACUUCGUUGUACGGAGUACUUACUAAUUCCAUAGGUAAGGUGCCACUGUUUGAAAGAAUGUUAUGUCACUGUCAAAUUUGACAUUUAGUCCGUUAUAGUCAGGUGAUGGGGUUGCAUAAGGAAAGUGUUUUCAUAGAUAAUCAUCAUUUAGUUAUAUAGCGGAGGUGUGGAUUUAGAGUCUUGUAGGAAAUAUAAACUUGGUACUUUAUAGAUAGCUUGAGAAAAGUAAACUUUAAUGCGUUGUCUGUAGACACACUUUACAUUGACAAUAAAUUAGCGGACUGUUCGCUGUCAGCUCUCGUUCUUUCAAUGUAAAGUGUGUCUACAGGGGAUGCAUUAAAGUUCAAUUUUCAAUGAACGCCAUCUUGCCGAGGGACAGCGGUGUGGUAGAAAUGUGCUAUGACCUUUACAAGGGCAAAAAACCUUGGAAUAUCUCUCAAUUUAUUUUUUUUAUACACGUAUGAUUAGACUGUGUAUAUAAGCAUAUUACGGGCCAUUUUGUAUAUAUUGGAAAUUAAUGUAUAUUUCUUAAGAAUUUAUUUCCUUACAUUGACUUUGAUACUUGGUUUUCAUUAAUGCCAUUUGCAAAGUUUCUUUUGAAUUAUUAUUAAUAAUGUGACAGUAAUAUUUCGAGCAAUUGUUUGUUAUUUUUUUUUAUCCUCAUAAUGAACUACCUCUUUAUAGAUCUGGCAGUUUGUAUGAAAUAAAUUGGAUACGUUAUAUUUUCAGUGAUCUUUAUAAAAUUUAAUUAAUUUCAUCAAAAUAAUAUUUUUUUUUUUUUUUUAAAUGACACAGAUUGAGUUAGCCCCAAAGUAAGUUCGAAACUUGUGUUAUGGGAUACUAACUCAACGAUACUAUAUUCUAUAACAUAUACAUAUAUAGAUAAACAUCCAAGACCCAGGUCAAUCUGAAAAAGAUCAUUUUUCAUGUUGACCUGACCGGGAUUCGAACCCGGGACCUCCACUGUAGCUGUCCGGCAUGAUGACCAUUAAGCCACGGAGGUCGUCAAAUUAAUCCAGCAGGUAAUUAAGUCGAUCGAUAAAAUAUCAAUAAAAAAAAAUUACAUUCCUCUAAUAGAUUAUUUUUGUAAAAUUAAUUCAUAUUAUUUGCUCAAUUCGAGUUUGAAACAAUUUAAGAUUUUCAUUGAUAUAUUUUCAGUAUUGUAAAUUAAAAAAAAAUCUGUAUGCAAUGGUUUUCUCUAUUUCAAUAUAUUUUUGAUUAUCAUAUAGCUAUGACUCCAUAAUGUAUAAACGAAAUUGUCUAAAUUUAAUAUAGUUUAUAAGUCUGGUCGAAGUUUAUGCUCAAAUUAAUCAUAAUAAAGCACUUCUUAGAAAAAUGCCUUAUCGAAUGAAAUAAAUACUUCCAGUAGUACUUAGUCGACUGUACUUGUAUUUUAUUUUAAAAAAGUAUAAGUAUUUUCUUCUAUGUAUAAUGUCGCGAAAAUUUUUCAAAAUACAUUUAUUGUCGUGUUUUAAAAGAACAGUAGAAGUUUUGUUUAUUAUUUGUACGCAUGGGCUAUAAAAAAAAUUGCUUUAAAAUUGUAUUGUUGAACAGCUAUAUUAGUAUAUAGAAAUGAUAUUUUGUAACCAAUACCAUAGUAGGACUAUAUUAUUUUCUUCGUUUUGUCAUACUAAUAGAACUGAAUGAUAGAACUAUACGGACAGAAUCAAAAAUUGAAAUAAAUUCGCUGUCCGAAAUUGUCAUUAUAUAUAGUUUGAAACAAUGUUUUUUUGAAAAUUAAUUUUAAUGGUGACAUUUAAUGCUGUAUGUAAAUUAAAUUUAAAACAAAACUAGGUAUUUUUCUUCUUGACCUUAUCCCACUCAUGUGGGGUCGGCACAGUAUGUAAGUUCCUUCCAUUUUGUUCUGUCAUUUGCCAUAUCCAUUGAUACUCCUUUCCUGUUUCUUCCAUCCAUUUCUUCUUAGGUCUUCCUCUAUUCCCUUUACUUCCAUCUUUAAUGCCCUUUGAGUGACGUGAUUUUCUCUCUUCUUAAAAUAUGCCCGAACCAGCCUAACCUAUAACUAUGUAAUUUCUCAUUAACUGGUGCUACUUUCAUACUUCCUCUUACAUACUAAUUCCUUAUUUUAUCUAAUCUAGUUACCCCGCACAUCCAUCUCAGCAUUCGCAUCUCUGUCGCAUGAAGUUUCCUUUCGUCCGUCACUUUCGUCGCCCAACAUUCAGAUCCAUACAUUAUGACAGUUCUGAUAACUGCCUUAUAAAUUUUUGCUGUCAAUUUAACAAAACAAAAACUAGGUAUUUUUAUGAUUUUGUUUUUGACAUAACAAGUAUUUAAUACGUCUGAUACUGCGAAAAACGUUUAGAUUUUGGGCUUGUUUCACCACUUUCUGAUAAGUAUAUUGUAAUCUGACAAAUUAAUUAACAGCUAGAUAAACCUACCUAAAGUGAUUGGCCAGUUAAUACUAUUCAACACUUGUGAAAUAUAAUCUAUAUAACACUGUCAUGUUUUACAUAUAGGCUAUCAGAUACUUUAUAAGCGGUAAAACAGGCCUAUUAAUAAUAAAAAAUCUGUAUAUAGAUAUAUAAAGCAUUUAUCCAUUAUUUAGCAUGUCCCUAUCUCACUUUAUAAUAUUUGACAUUGAAGGAGUUUGAGAAAAUGUAUAUUUGAAAUAGAUUUUCAUUUUCUUUUAGGGUAACAACAAACAUACUUAUUAUAUUUUUGUUUCUGACAUUGAAUGUAAUGAAAAUUUAAUUUGAUCAUAUGUCAAUGAUAUUCUGUGUAUAAAAUAGUCGUAGGCAAUUAUAUUUUUUCUGGGUUAUUCCACUGGUAUUUAUUUUGUUAUAAAUAAAAUAAAGUAUUCUUUAGAAAA